AUGGCCGAUGCGGACGACCUGAAGGUGGACGAUGUCGAGGAGCAGCCGGAGCCGGGAGCCGCCGGGGACGGAGGGCCGGAGCGGGCUCCGCCGGCGGACGGAGGUGCCCCGGCCGACGCGCCCGCCUCUCGGCCGCAGUCGGCGGCGGCGGCGGCCUCUCCGCCGUCCUCGGCCCGGGCGCGCGCCUCUGCCAAGGUGCACCCGGAGCCGGAGCCGGAGCCGGAGCCGGCGCGCUCCGACCCGGAGAAGGGAGCCGCCGCGGAGCCGCCGCCCGAGUGGGCCGAGAGGUGGCUCUCCAACCAGAACAAGGCCGACAAAAUGAACGCCUUCCGACAGUACAUCGAGCGAGUCCAGGACCAGGCCGAGGGCCCGGUGACGAGCCCCUCAGCCGAGGAGCGGCACGCCUCCGCCUACUGGGUGACCAAUCGGUUCCUGCUGGACCGGUGCUCGGCGCACGGCGUGCCGCACAUCAUGCGCCAUCCGAGCCGCUGGCGGCGCCUCUUCUGGGCGCUGGUCGUUGUGGGCGCGCUGGUCGCGCUCGUGGUCCAAGUGCGCGCCACACUCAGCGAGUACCUCCGGUACCCCAAAAAGGUCACCAUCGAGAUUCUGGAAGAUAGCACGCCAGAGUUUCCGUCCGUCACUAUCUGCAAUUUCAACAUCCUCAGCUCUGAUAAGAUGUCGGAGCUGGACAAACACUGGCGGAUCCAGGGGGGGGGCCUAGACAGUGUCACGUGCCACCUGGUAGUCGUGGUCUACUCCUAA